UUCUCUCUUCCGCUUUGUUUCCAAUGGCGCGAGUUCUUCUCAUACCUUUCUAAUAAUAUUCCACUACUACUACUAUCACUACUACUACGCUAUUUCAUUGUUAAUACUAAUAUUAUUAUUAUUAUUAUUAUUAUUGUAAUGAUCGUAAUUUUCCGUCUCUGUCUCUCGCGCGCGCGCGCAACUACGGUACAGUACGUAGAUACACUAUAUAUGUAUAUGUGUUACAUAACAACCGUAGGUACCCUCUUUCUUCGCAGGUUAAAUCGCGACAGACAGCUGCUCCUACGCCGCCGGCGCGACGCCCCUACCGUGGUAAUUGUGGUAAAAAUAUUUUUUCCGUUUCUGGCCCGCUACGCCGACUGAGGGGGGGCCCAGCCCCGAUCACCCCGAUUCGCGCGAAGAUCUAUUGCGCGCCGAUAUCCUCGUCGGCCGUGUAAUAAUGUGCUGCUUCCCGAGCCGCGUCCACGACAAUCAUCACGCCACCAUAAUUUCGCGUACUCUUCCCAUUUUUUAGUAUAUCGAUAAUAUUAUAUUAUAUUCGUACUCUCACAUUAAUAAUAGUAAUUAUUUUAUCAUUAUAAUGUGAUUAUACGUCAUAUGAUGUAAUAUCGAUUUGUUAAUAUUUGUAACACGAAUUUAACAUAUAUAUUGUCUAGAAUUUUUUUUUUUUUUCGUUAAUUUUAUUGCCGACAAGCCACAUCAAUCGAAAUUUCGCAAUCGCCGGUGUUAUGAUAUUGUUGUUGUUGUUGUUGUUAAAUAACAACGAUGACGAUAUACACACCAUGAUGGUAUUAGACCAACAAAUUGUUCUAAGUAAUGGUAAUGGUUGCGAAAAUGAGGUCGACGAAGACCUUGAGGAUGGAGAGAUUUUUGAUGAAGAAGAUGAUAAUGAAAUGGCUGAAUCAACUGAACAAAAUACAGAGCCUAAAGCAUCUAAAGCAAAUUGUGUUGGAGAAGGUACAAAAGAAAAAAAUUUUGAACCUUCGUGGGAUAUGGAGCAAAGACCUCAACAGUCGUCUCAUCAACAAAAUAUGAUACAUGCUCCUUUACAUAAAAAUUUUUCUGGAUUUAAUAACAAUAGAUCCAGAGAUAGGUUUCCUAGAAAUAAAGGGGUUAUAAUGAAAAGAGAUGUUAGCUAUCAAAAUAUGGAUGAUGAUAGACCUAGACGUAAGAGACGUAGAUUUGAUCAGAGCGAUGAAAAAGAACAACCUAUGUUGAGAAAUAAUCAAAAUGGCUUGUUUAAUAGAAGAAAAAAUAAUGACACACCAAUGGAACCUAUUGAAGCUGGUAAUGAUGAAGAAAUGUCAUAUGUAAGAGGAACCAAUAGUCCUGACGUAUCCAAUUUUGAGUCAUUUCCACAAGAAUUUGAAAACGAAGAAGAAUUUCGUCCUUUGAAUAACUUUAGCCGUAGAGGAAGAGGAAGACGAGGUGGUGGUGGUAGUGGUGAUAUGGAUAGACGCAAUAGAGGUAUGCCUAUGAAGCGACGGGUGAUUGCUGGUUCUGGUAUGAAAAAUAAACGAUCUGAAGAUGAAGAAAAAGUUUGUCAAUAUUUUCUUCAAGGAAAAUGUCUUAAAGAAAAUAAUUGUACUUAUUCUCAUCAACAACCAAAUGGUCGCAAAAUGGAACUGUGCAAAUUUUAUUUAAUGGAUUGUUGUAGUAAAGAGGAUAGGUGUACAUUUAUGCAUAGUGAAUUUCCUUGUAAAUAUUAUCAUACUGGUAUGAAAUGCUAUUCAGGUGUAAAUUGUCGAUUUAGCCAUGCCAAACUUGAUGAAGAACAAAAAAAAAAGUUAUUGAAGUCUUUUGGAAAAUUACGUUAUGAUCCACCAGAGUAUGAAAAUGAAAAUGAAGAUUUUAAGAACAAUUUUGAAGAAGAACCAAAACCACCACCCUCUUCCGAAAUUAAUUUUGUAUCUAAAAAUGAUAAGAGUAAAAUUCCAUCAUUAUUGGAAAUGCAAAUACCUGUACCUCCUGAAUUAAAAAGCACUGAUAAAAAUUCAGAUGAAGAUCUAGAGGCUAAUAAUAAUAACAAUAACAGUAGUACACCUAUGCCAUCACCUUCUCGAGACGAGCCUAUGGUUGAUGACACUUUUGAAAUUAACGAUACUGAACAAGUAUCAAGUAUGCUUCAAAAUAAUCGUUCAAUAUAUAAACCUAGAAAAUAUCAAAAACACAAAGAUAGUAAAGAACGACAAAAACAAGAAAAAGAAAUUAAGAAAAAACAAAGAGAAGAAAGACACGAAGAAAAAAGAAUAGAAAAAAACCGACAACGUAAAGAAGACUUGUCCAUGCAGACCAAUGAUCAACCUUUAUUAGAUGAUCUAAGCGAUGAUGAUGAAUUUAAUGAUCUUGUUAUUGAUGAAGAAAAAUUUCAAAAUGAUGUAAAAGAUCAAUCGUUACCAAAAAAACAAGUAGAACUUUUAAAACGAAUUCAAGUCCAUCAAAAAUAUUAUAAUGAAAUAGAUAUGAGUGACGAUCGUUAUGGUCAUGAAGAACAGUAUUCAAGUGAUGUUUCAGAGCAUUCGGUUUCUACUCCAAUAAAUAAUAAAUUAAAUAAUUUACAAAAUGAAGAAAAAGAACAAUCGCCGACAAAUUCUCCAUCUAAUUCAAACUCAUCAAAAGUUGAACAAGUUAACCUUGAUAAAAUUACUAUAAGUGAUGAUAUGGCUAAACUACUAAAUACCAUAAAAGCAUGCGUUGAUAAAACACCAAUAGUAGAUCAACCUUCUCCAUUUCAUUUACCAGCUUUGGAACAGCCUUAUAAUUUUGAAGAAACUAUUCAAGAAAAAAAAAGUAUAAUUGAAGAAUCUCCUGCUAGCCCUACUACUAAUGAUAGUUGUGCUGUGGAAUUGGGAAAAUCAGACGUAGAUCUAAGACAAUUGCCUUUUCAAUUUCCCGUUGCAGCAGCUACAGAGAUAGACGCUUCUCUUGAUAGUCAUCCGCCAAUGAAAUAUCACAUGUUACCAUGCCAAGUGUCUGUACCCGACUACUCUAAAAUUGCUCCUACGAUGGGAAUUGAUGAUCCACGACUUAGACGUAGUAUAACAGCGGCAAAGGAUCCAAUAUUUAUUCAAAAUGUCCCUUCAACUGUUAGUGCAGUUACUGUUAGACCAGCAGUGACAACCCAAAAAAGUGCUCCUCGUGAUCCUAGAAAACCACUAGAUGUGAACACUAGUACGUCAGCUAUUCGUGUUCCACUUCUACCAACACCUAACCCACUUCAACCACGCCCUAUGGAUAGUGAUAUGAGGCAUAUGCCCCCACCUAUUAUGUGUCCACAAAUGAUGGCAGUACCAAAUGAUCCACGCAGAAAACCCAUGGUUCCUGGAGAUCCUAGGCAAAGGCAUCGUUUUGACGUGGACCAAAGAAUAAAUAAUAUAAAUUAUUUUUAGUUUGAUAACUAUUUAAUAAUGGUUAAACAUUAUUUUGCAUAUAUUACCUAUACUUGGACUAACUGUUCAAACAAAAGUUAAUUUGAUGUAUUUAUGUUGUAUAAUGUAAUGUACACUUGUGUAAUUACUUAUUAGUAAACAAUUUAAUAACAAUGACUGAUUUGUUUUUUGUAGUCGAAAUCCUAAUACUAUUGUUAUUAAGACUAUUGCAAGAAAAUUAGGUAAAAUGUAAUGGAUUAUUAAUUUUUAAAUUUAGUGAAAAUAUUUAAUUAUUUUAAGGGUUCUAUAUCAAUAAUGGUAUAUUAGUUUGUAAUAUAGACAUAGGUGAUUUAUUUUGUAAGUUAAGAUAUGAUCAUAUUUUUAAGUAAUGACAUAAUAUUUUUUUUAUGUACCCGAGUGCUUUAUUUUAUUAUUGUUAUAUUAUAGUUGAGUAUUACAAAAUUAAUAACGCUAAAUUGCAUAAACGUUUGCUGUUAUGUAUAUUUUGAGUUAUGUAGCUUUUAAUUUUGUUAUCUAUUUUUGAAAUAUUUGCUUCAUUAUACAUAAUACGAUACUUUGUUGUACACGGUAAUUAAAAGUAUUAAUACAUUAUAUUAUUUAUGAUAUUGUAUACAAAUACAUUUUUAUUUAUUUAUUA